AUGUUGAGUAAAAAACGCAAAAUCGACAGCGAAAAUAGGAAGUUUAUGAACGAGUGGACUGAACUAUAUUGUUUUAUAUUGCCUGAAAGGGUUGGAGCCAUUCCAGUCUGUUUAAUUUGCAAUUCAACUGUCGCUAUUAUUAAAAGUGGAAAUUUAAAACGGCAUUAUGAAACUACUCAUAAAGAUUUUCAUACAAAAUUUCCUCCAGGCAGUGAAGUGCGUAAAAAUAAGCUCCAUGCAUGUAUGUUAUCUUACAAAAAUAGUACGACUACACUUAUACGGUGUAUGAGUGAACAAGAGAAAUCAACUGAAGCAGCGUUGCGUGUGUGCUGGGUUCUUAAUAAGCACCAAAAACCGUUUUCCGAUUCCGAAAUAGUAAAAGAGUGUAUGUUGGAAGUGGCCACUGCACUUUUUCAAGAAAAUAAAAAAAUCGUUACCUCUAUCCAAGAUAUUCCUUUGUCGGCAAGGAGUAACACAAGAAGGACAGAAAUGUUGGCAGCCGAAAACAAAAAAAGCUUAUUUGAACUUUUACAUAAGUCACCGUGCUACUGCAUUGCGCUUGAUGAAUCUUGUGACUUAGUUGAUUCUGAACAAAUGUCAAUUUUCGUGCGAUUCUUUGACAUUGAAAAUAAAGUGUUUAGAGAAGAGUUACUAGCAAUAUUGACAUUUGAAGGCAAGACUCGUGGAGAAGAUUUAUUUAAGAGUUUUGAUGACUUCAUGAAAAAAUCGGAUUUGAGUUAUGAUAAAAUUGUAUCAAUUUCCACUGAUGGAGCUCCAGCGAUGAUGGGAAAAGAAAAAGGAUUGUUAAAAAGAAUCCAGGAUAAUAAUUCCGGGAUAUUAACUUAUCAAUGCAUAAUUCACCAAACAUCACUUUGUAGUAAACUCAGUGCUACACUGAAAGACGUUAUGGACGGUUUGAUCAAGUUAAUCAAUUUUAUCAGGUCGCGUUCUUCUCUUCAACACAGACAGUUCAAAGAGUUUCUGUGUCAAUGUGAUUCGGCUUAUUCAGAUUUACUACAACACAAUCAUGUUCGUUGGCUCAGUAAAGGUCGAGUAGUUGAACGUUUUUGGAACAUUAAAGAAGAAGUAAAAACAUUUCUAAAAAAUGUAGAUACUGAAGAAGCAAAGAAACAUUCGGAUUUCUUAGAAAACAAUCGAAAUAUAGUUGCAAUGGCUUUCUUAAAUGACAUUUUGAAGUAUUUAAAUACGCUUAAUGUCGAAUUACAAGGAGAAGGGAAAUUAAUAUGUGAUUUAAUACAAAGUGUGUCUGCUUUCCGUCGCAAACUAAAUAUAUUUAAAGGCGACAUUGAACAAAAAAAAUUCAUUCACUUUCCCACAAUAUUUGAAUGCAAAAAUCAUUCUGAAAUUAUAAACAUCGAAACAUUUUUAAGUUUUUUGUCAGAUCUUAUGAAGGAAUUCGAUGCCAGAUUCAAAGACUUUUCUGAAAUAGGAAAACUAUCACAAUUCUUAAAAACCCCUUACGAUGUUCUCCCAGACGGAGAAUGGACUGAUGUAGCUGAAAAAUUAUUUAAUCUUUCAAAGUCGAAACUCCAAAUGGAAAUAAUAGACCUACAGGAAGAUGUUUCCUUGAAGCAGUACAGAAGUGCGUCAACUGAAGAAUUCUGGGCUAAAGAUGCCAUUGACAAGUAUUCAAACUGUAAGCAACUGGCAAUCAACUUGGCUACGAUGUUUGGUUCGACAUACAUUUGUGAGGCAUCGUUUUCAAAAAUUAAUUUUUUGAAAAACAAAUAUCGGACAAAAUUAACAGACUCUCACCUUGAGGACACAUUGCGAAUAAGCUGUUCUCCACGAGUUCCCGAUUUCAAAAAGCUGGCUAAGGAAAAGAAAUGCAAUUUUUCGCAUUAA